AGCAGCAACAUCACCAGCAACAGCAGCAGCAGCAGCAGCAACGACAGCAAAAGCGAGUCAACGACAGCUUAAAACAUAAUACGCUAGCUAAAGGCAAAAAGCGGAUAGAGAAUCUGGGGGUUCCCCCAGUCAUACAUAGACAGAGACACUAGCAACGAGUCAGACCCGGAGACGGAGACGGAGACGGACCGAGAGAAAUCCCCGGACAAAGCGACAUUGCGAAUAAUGAGAAAUCGUUGUUGCAAUUAGUGUGAGCCAAAGGGGUUUCGGUCCAGCCAUGAAUCACCAAGCCCGACUGCCAGCGGAAACGGAAAUGCUUGGCGAACGGAAGCCGACAAGGAGAGCAGGUGGCCACUAAAUGCCAUUGAACACUGAGCGAUCAUGUCCGACGUUGAGAAGGCGAUUAAGGUGCAGCACCAGAACCAGCAUCAACAGCAACAGCUGGACUGUGGGAUCGACGAUGAGACGGAUCCCGAGCAUCCUGCCAGCUCUGAGGUGGGGGUCAAGACCACUGCCACGCUCACCGCCAAGCCGGACAGCUGCUUUCGACGCUGCUGCGGCCAGCUGCUCAAGCUGCUGCUCUCCACGCCCGGCCUGGUGCUCCUGGUCAUCGGGUACUCCAUACUGGGCGCCCUCAUCUUUCCGCUGCUGGAGGCGCCGCAGGAUCUGAGCAAAUCAGCGGCCAUUGCCAAGAGUCGAGAAGAUUGUCUGCGGGAACUCUGGAUCAUAACGGAGAAACUCAACGUGCUGUACGAACGCAAUUGGACGAUGCUGGUCCACGAGCAGCUGCGUCGCUUCGAGGGCUCCAUUGUGGCAGCCACGCGCCAAGGAUCCGGUGGCUCUUUAGGCGGCAACGGCGGAGGAGUCCAUUUCCAAGGUGGCAGUGCCAGCGCCCUGGGCCAUUUUGGCUAUGAUGCCGGCGACUCGCAGAGCUGGACAUUUAGCGAGGCAUUGCUCUACUCGGUCACUGUGAUAACGACAAUUGGUCACGGCAGCCUGACGCCGCGCACCGCCGCCGGCAAGCUGGCGACCAUCUUCUACGCCCUGGUGGGCGUCCCCCUGAUGCUGAUGUGCCUGUCCAGCCUGGGAGCCCUGCUCGCCGAUGCCCUGCAGUGCACCUACGUGCGUCUCUGCUGCCAGCUGCAGCAGCAUCACCACCACCGGAGCCAACGGAGCAGGAGGAAAUCAUCGGCGGUGGCCACCACUCCGACAGCCAGUGUCACCGCGAUGACAACGUCGACAGCCAAGGCGAGUCGGGACAAGGAGAAGGAGAAGGGCACAAAGCGACGUCUGUCAGCUGGCAUGGGGGCCAACUGCAAGGGCUGCAAAUACGAUGCGGCCAACAGUGAGACGAGCCUGAAUGACUGCCUCGAGUAUGGCCAAAAGGGAAAAGUGCCGCCGGACAAGGGGGAAGAUGCCUGUCAAUUGUUGCGCAACUUGAAUCAGCAGCAGCAGUUUUACCAACAACAGCAGCAGCAGCAGUUGCAGCAGCAGUUGCAGUUGCAGUUGCAGCCACAGCAGCAGCAGCAGCAGCAACAGCCGGAUGUCAUGCUAAUGACAACGACAACGGGCAGCGCAUUGCUGAAAUAUGCACCGCAGCAGCAGCAGCAGCAGCAGCAAUUAUCGACAGCAACUCUCCCGCGACACCACCAUCAGCUGCAGCAGCAGCAUCAGCAGCAACAUCAGCAACUGCAACAGAAUUUCGUUGCUGUGCCCAGCAGCAUGCUGCGAAUGCCGCUGACAGUGCCGCCCAAUUGUUAUGCGCCCGCGACUGCAACGAUUUACUUUCCGUUUACCCCAUCUGCGCCUGGAAGUCCCGCCCACACCCACACCCACACCCACACCCUGGCCCAUGGCCAUCAUUUGGCUGCGAAUCCGAUUGCGACAACGAUGGCCAAUCCUUUGGGAAAUGCAACGGCAUCGGGGACAGCACUUGGUCAACAGCCGCUGGUCAAGUAUCACACAAUACACUUGCAGCCCGCUUCCGGCAAGCAUCGAGUGCUGGCCUCGGGACUACAGGAUUCAUCCGCGGAAGCCGCGACUCUGGAAGCCAUCACAUUGCCACCGCCGCCGGCUUAUCAGACGGGGAAUGUCCCUGCUGUGCGACGUGCCAAGUUCGUGACGAAACCGCUGCCACACGAGAUCAAUGCGCUGAUGGAUUGCGGAACGGGUACGGGAUCACCGGAUUUAUCCGGCAGGCAUGAUUUAUUGCCACCAGCCGCAGGAGCAGCAACAGCGGCAGCAACAGGCACCGCAGCAACACCAUUGUUAACCUAUACGGCCGCAGCAACAAGCCCACAACUGUCAGCAGGCAUUAAGGCAGGAGCACCGGCAACAGGAGGAGCUGGAACAGCACCCACUACGGCUACGGGCAGGGGAGCAGGCGUUGGAGCCACACUGUCCGAUAACAGUUUUAUGGCCGCAGGUGUUUGUGGAGGAGCAGCAGCCACAUCACAGCCAGGAGCCACUGCAGCACAGGCCUCCUCGGCAGCGGCCACACUGUCGGCUCUGUUGAGCGCCAAUUCCACGGGCACGGUGGACAUCAUGGAGGAUGAGGAUGAGCAGGAGAGGGAGCGUUUAAGCAACUGCCCGCACGGCACGCCCUCUCGAGUCCCGCUGAUAGCCAGUCCGUUGAGCGUGCCCCAGGACGCUGGCGAAAAGUCCAGCCAGGGUAACCAUUCCCGUACCGCCUCCGCUGGUGCCGCCGGCUUCAAUAGGCACUCUUUGCAGCCGCUAAAUCGGAAGACCCUGCUACUGACGAGACGCUGUCAAAGGCACGCCUCCGGAGCCCUCUACGACAGCACGGCCAAUAAUACGGAGACCUCCGACGACGAUGAGUACAUGCAGCAUGGAAGCGAGCAGUUUGUGUUGAAGAAACUACGUUACCACUGCCACAGCGAGUCGGAGGAUUGCCGCGAGGGGGCAGACGACUCCGAGGACGAGGGCGAGGAGACGGAGCGGCAGGUGCCCAUUAGUCUGGUGCUGCUCAUCCUAAUGUGCUACAUCUGCGUGGGCACCGUGAUCUUUGCGCUGUGGGAGAACUGGUCGCUGGUGGAUGGAGCCUACUUCUGCUUCGUCACCCUCUCGACGAUCGGCUAUGGUGACUUUGUGCCCGCCCGGAGCUUCAAUGGGCCAGAGCUGCAGUUGUAUGCCUGCUGCGCCUAUCUGCUUCUAGGACUCGUCCUGGUGGCCAUGUCCUUUAGCAUCCUGGAGACGCAACUGAUGUGGAAAUGCAAGCGCAUUGCCGUGCGACUGAAGCUGGCCCGCAGGGAGGGAUAAUGCCGCACUAUCCUGAUCUAUUGAUCGAACUUAAUCUACAAUCCGAUUGCUUGAGUCAUCCUAAGAUAAGUGUACUAUGUAAUUAACCCAAAACAAAAAACUAGCCCAUCUCUGUGUACAUUUGUCUGCCUAGCGAA